AUGGCCUUCCUGUCGCCUGCUGACCCAUGUGAAAGUGCAGUCGAUGUCGGCUCCGACGCGCACAGUGGUCUGCUCGUGACAGACGCCUCGCAAGCAGACGUCGACGCCUUCCUGGACACCAAGGCCGGCCUCUGGCUCGUCAUUCCACUGGAGUCUCCGGCGGAAUUUUACGUGACAGCUGGAAGGCGCAGGCCACUGCAGGCACGCGCGCUGAGGGCCGCCGUCGCCCACGCACCGCCCUUCGUCUUCAAGAGCCAGGACAAAUGGACAGGGGUGGAGGUGUUGCUGCUACAGACCAUGGCGCAGGCGCUCAGGGUCCCCCUGGAGUUCGUCGACGUCAGCGGCAGGAGCGGGUCGCCUGGAGACGCGGUGGUGUCAGCUGUGUCUGCCGGCGAGGCGCAUGUGGGCGCCGCCGGGGUGUACCAGACGCCGGAGCGCCUCAGGGCCGCCGCCUUCACCACGCCGCACUCCGUAGACUGCGCCGUCUUCCUCUCGCUCGCCACAGCCGCCCUGCCCAGGUACCGCGCCAUCCUAGGCCCCUUCGACUGGAGCGUGUGGCUGGCGCUCACAGUGAUCUACCUGCUGGCCAUCUUCCCACUGGCCUUCUCCAACACACACUCGCUGCGGCACCUGCUGGAGGACCCAUGGGAGCUGGAGAACAUGUUCUGGUACGUGUUCGGCACCUUCACCAACGCCUUCACCUUCACCGGCCGCCGCUGCUGGAGCAACUCCACCAAAAACGCCACCAGGAUGCUCAUUGGCUGGUACUGGGUGUUCAGCAUCAUCAUCACGGCGUGCUACACGGGCUCCAUCAUCGCCUUCGUGACGCUGCCAGUCUACCCGUCCCUGCUGGACACGUGUCAGCAGGCGGCUGACUGGGGGUUCACCGUCGGCACGCUGGCAGAGGGCGGCUGGGAGCGCUGGUUCCACAACUCGUCGGACGCGGCCAUGAACCGCGUGCUGGAGCGCGCCGAGCUGCUGCCCGACGUGCACUCCGCGCUGCUCAACGUCACCUCCAGCUGGCGCCGCUCCUACGCCUUCCUGGGGCCGCGGGCGCUGCUCGACUUCAUCAUCAGGACCAACUACAGCGUCAGGUCAGCUCCCAAGCGGUCGCUGCUGCACGUGGGCGAGGACUGCGUGGUGCCGUUCAGCGUGUCGCUGGCGCUGCCGCGGUCGGCGCCGUACGCCCCCGCGCUGGUGCAGCUGCUGCUGAGGGCGCAGCAGAGCGGCCUCGCCGCGCUCGCAGCCCGCGACGUCGAGUGGCAGCACGUGCGCUCCAGCUCCGGCCGCCUGUUCGCAGCGGUGACCGGCGCUAUACUGAAGAGCCGCAGGGAUGAUGAACACAAGCUGUCGCUGGACGACGUGCAGGGGACGUUUCUGCUGCUGGGUGCGGGCUUCGCAAUGGGCGUGUUCGCGCUGGUGCUGGAGGGCCUGCACGCGUGCUGCCAGCGGCUCCUCGACAGACACGCCAGCACACCCCGCCCCCGCCCACGCUGCCCCACGGUGACGGUGACCAGCCCCCAGCUUGCUAGGAGCCUUUCUGCGGCGGACGCCUCACCCUACUUGGCGUCCAGGAGGCGCGCUCCCGAGCUGCAGCGUCCGGGGCACCCGCUGAGAAUUGCCAAGGGCUGCCGGUCCUCGUAUCCGGACCUCUGCCGCCCCCGCUCCACCAGCAGCCAGUCCUCAGUAGACCAUGUGCCCAGAAGUGGACUGUAG